AUCAGAGACCACUACUACCCCAAAAUUAAUAAAAUAUUUCCCCAAUUUAACAUUUGUAGCCCAACCCAAAAACUCUGUUACAUUCUUGGAGAAGAAGCCAAAUGUUCCAAAAUAGCUGCAAGAUUUGUAUCAUCUUGCCACCUCCUGAGGGACAACCAGAAAGAAACAAACAGCCAAUAAACACACCCCCAUUAGACCUACACACAUGUAUAUAAUGUUCAAAUUCUAAGUUCAGUUACAUGAUUUCUGUAUUAUAAUCUUUUUUAUUUAUUAUUUUUUAUAAUUAUUUAUUUAAUUAUUUUGUUACUACUAUUAUUUUAUUUAGUUUAUUAUUUUCUCUACAUAGGCUUUACUCAGAUGUUCUGUUGUUCUAAAUAUUUUUCUAUGUUGGUUAAAUGCUUUGGCAAUACAAAAUGUAUUUUUUUUUUUUUUGUCAUGCCAAUAAAGCUAUCUGAAUUGAAUUGAGAAGAAAUGAAUGAGAAGGUGGAGCCCCCAGAGCACUCCUGUCUAUUACGUCAUCGUCAUUGGUCAAUGGCAGUUCGAAGGUAUUUAUCAGCCGUGCAAAGUUUUUUGUUUGUUUUUCGAUUUUGCUUGAACUAGCCUAUAUUGGGACAGGUGCCAGGACCUGCUGAGGGUGUGGUUUUCCACGGAUAAGUGGAAGGCGGAUUACAUUCUUUUGAGGCCCUGCCUUCUUUGUUGGGUGUAGCGACAUCCCUUUUAGGAUAAAAACCUCUGCCGGGAAGUGCAAAUUCAUAAGUGCCUUGCAGAAAUUCAAAACAACCAACUCUUGCCAGUACUACAGAUCAUAUGCUUGUAAUUAUUACUGAUUAUGAAUGCUAUGAUUGUUAGAAUGGCUGCUUCUGUAUUGCUCUUGUGUCUUUUCUGCCUGGCAUCAGCAGAGGCUGGAAAUUUAUUGGUGAUUCCAGCAUUUGGCAGCCACUGGACAGGCAUGAGGCCUUUGGUGGAAGAGCUUGGUCGUAGAGGAAACCAGGUGGUGGUCGUCAUCCCAGAGCAAAGUCUGAACAUGGGUCCAGCACAGCACACCACCACUCUGACAUAUCCAGUACCCUACACCAAGACCCAGUUACAGGAGAGUAUGAAUGCAGGUAUUAAUGGACUGUUGAGUGCAGAUUUAUCUACAGAUGUGGCCAGGUUUCAGAAUUUCAUCAACACUAUGGAUAUGCUUAAAGUUAUGAUAACCCGCAACGCUGAGGGUUUGCUCUCCAACAAGGAUUUGAUGAAGAAACUGCAAGACUACAACUUUGAUGCUAUUCUUACAGAUCCAUUUGAGACUGUUGGAGUUAUUGCUGCUGAAUAUCUCUCAAUUCCGUCCAUUUAUAUACAAACAAGCCAUCCUUGUGGUGUUGAUGCUCUUGCCAGUCAAUGUCCAAUUCCAGCUUCUUAUGUUCCACAACCUUUAACUCACUUUACUGACCACAUGAAUCUUUGGCAAAGAAGUGUGAACUUGGUAAGGACUCUGUUUCAGCCCAUGGCUUGCGGACAUAUGUUUGCUCGUGCAGAUGAGAUCGCCUCACGUGUACUGCAGAGAAAAACUUCAGUGGUGGAGAUCAUGAGCCGUGCAGCUCUCUGGUUUAUGCAUUUUGACUUUGUCUUUGAAUUACCACGCCCAUUGAUGCCUAACAUGAUCAUAAUUGGAGGAAUGGACAGCAAGAAAGCAGGACCUUUGUCACAAGUAAGUUUCUCUAAAUUUGGUCAACGAAGAAAAGUGCAGCCUUAUGUGCCACCAUAUCACCCUUUCUUGCUCAAUAUGUAAUUGUACUCAAUAUUUUCAAUCAUACAGUGCAUUUUAUUAUUUAUUUAAUAUGAAAGAUUUCUUCAAUUUCAGUUCUUAUCUGACUACACAGUAAUUCGAGUGGAGUAC